AUGUCGGAACAGAAAUGCACGUCCAAUCAGCCCCCUCAAGGCGGACAGGCUCUUAUCACUCGAAUCACCGACGUAGUCGGCCAGCUGUUGGAUAUGGGGGCCAAGGUCAACCUGCAGCCACCAACUGAUGAAGACCGCGAGAAUACUACACGAACCCAUACCCUCGCACGCGAAGCAACGGAAGAGAGCUGCGAAGUUAACUCCCCACCCUGGGCGCAAGUCCAGCUCCGGGCGUCAGCGUUGCGAUGGGCUCGGGCGAUUGCGAAACAACACCAGAAGGACAACUUCCAUCUGUGGACCACUGGCCAGUUUACACGCCAGCUGGAUUCGGCGCUCCCAGGACCCAACACAAAGAUGCUGUAUGAUGGUCUGGAUCGGGAGAAAGCAUCGAUACUAGCUCAACUCCGCACGGGACAUGCCAGGCUGAAGUGA